AGUCAGGUUAAAGCGUCACGCGCUGGAACCCCCCACUCGCGCGUUCGCCACUGAAUGUCCUCCCCUCCACUGAGAGCACCGCCACCAGGCAUUCCACCCGGGUGCCACGCUCCGACGGCACGAUAGAAGACGUUCGCCGUUCAUCGAGUUAGUCGAGCUCUGACACCAGUCGCGAGCGGUCGCACUUCUGUCGAGCGACUUCAGCGCAGAGAGAGAAGAGAGAGAAGAGAAAGAGAGAAAGAGAGAAAGAGAGAGAGAGAAGGGAGAAGAGAGAGAGAAGCGAGAGAGGGAGACGAGCCAGGGGGUGCCAUACUCUGUCAUCGCGGUCCUUCCGUCGGCUCAUCCCCGGUGCACGCUCGUACCGCGGUUCCCUCAACUACCCCGUCGGCUGCAACGAUCGACGAAGGGGACUAUUGGAUUAUCAGUGAAGUGAUCGACUGCGUUUCCCACAGUGCUUCCCACUGUGGCUCGAGGUUCCCCGGCCUGGGAGUUCUCAGAGUUCUGUGAUACGGAAAGUAAAGAUCAUGGUGACCGGAGUGGGUGCCACGAUGCCGACAGGCGGUGUCACCGUCGGCGCUACUCCGCCCGCGCAACACGUGCCCCAGGAGGCUGGCCAGCCUCCUGCGCAAACCACCCCGACGGCCACGACGACCACGAGGAGAUCCGGGGAAAAUCGACGGAGCAAUAAACCCAUCAUGGAGAAAAGACGUCGAGCCCGUAUUAACAACAGUUUGAACGACUUGAAAACUCUCGUUUUGGAAUCUAUGAAGAAAGACCCGGCAAGACACUCGAAGCUCGAGAAGGCUGAUAUUUUGGAGCUGACCGUGAAGCACUUGGAGACUCUACAACGACAGCAAGUCGCUAUGGCUGCCGCGGCAGAUCCGACCGUCCUCAACAAAUUCCGCGCCGGUUACACGGAGUGCGCCAGCGAAGUUGGCAAGUUUCCCGGUCUGGACGCCUCGGUGAAGAGACGUCUGAUGUCCCAUUUGGCCACGUGCCUGGGUCCGGUCGAUGCUAGCAAUGCCAACGGCCAAACGACGACGGCGACUCAACAGCCUGUCCAGCCGGCGCCGCCGACGACGCAGUUGCAAGUGCACAUUGUGCCGCAGCUCGAGCCACGCAUCCAAGUCCAGCAAUCGAAUGGCAUUUUCUUUACCAACGCCAACGGUACCGCUCUGCAUCUGUUGCCGACCAGACUGCCGAACGGUGACAUCGCCCUGGUGCUUCCGGCGGGCGUGAAGGCGCCAGUUACGUCCUCGCCGUCGUCGUCUCCGGAGCCCAGCUCGCCGUUACCGACUCUGAUCCCGAUUCCUCAGAGAACCGCGAGCACCGCGUCCGCAUCGUCGACGAGUUCGUCCAACAGCUCGACGUCCACGUCGGCGGGCAGCCCGGUGGCCUUCGAGGCGCCCCCGACGUCGUACCGCGAGCAGGCCACUGCUUACAGCCCGGCCAACAACCACCGGGACGUCGCCACGUCUCCGGCGAACAGCUAUACCAGUGAUUCGGAGUUCGAUCAGCACGUCUACAACCCGCCCCAUCAGAAACCCCUCUCGCUGGUGAUGAGGAAGAGCGUGUUGCCGCCGCUCGACGAGAAACCGUGGAGGCCGUGGUAAAGGGAGAAGGAACGAAAAUACGGACGCGACAUGUGCGCGAUUCAAGUGAUAUAAACUGACGUGUGUCGGCGGUUAAUCCGCGGCCGAAAAACGCGCCAAUUCGACGUGCCGAUUUGUGUGUCGCGUAAAAAGUUGCGCGGAACGGAAACAUGUUCCUCAGUUACGUAGGUCACUGUAGACGAGCGGUCCCGUCCGUGCGGGGACAUCACCGUGAAAUUAGAGGAUCGUUGAGAGAAACGCCAGUUCUUUAUUCUUCCGAGUGCGCGUGCACGAUCGGCCAGUAGCCAAUGAGGCAGUGCCUUCUCAAACAGUGCCUUGUAAACGUAUCGUCAAAUUUCAGUAUGGCAGAAACGAGCGCGGAUGAUUAUUCAAAAAUAUCGCGCCGGUCCCUCUUUUCUUAUCCCACGUCGCUCUAUCCCUCCCCCCCCCCCUGUCGUCCCCUCUCGUCGAUCCUCUCCCUCUGUACAUAAGUUAUAUGAAUACUAUAUUUUAAGUGCCUUAUGCAACAAGAAUCACCGAGGUCUUCCAUUCUGUUUCUUGUAUGUAAAACGCUAAACGAUCUGUAGUAUAUCGUUGUAAGUACGAAGAAUGUUUUUAACUGAUUACGAUUUUAGGCUUAGGAUUACGUUAAGGAGUCCGCGAGUAACAGCGUGUGCGAAAAACUGUAUAUAUGAAUGAUAAUCGAAAGAGAACACGUUAUUUAUAUUUAUACGAAUGCAAAAGAGGUUACAUUUAUAAUUCCUCUCUAUUACGAGAAUAGACAACCAACGCUUAUCAUUGCAAGAGCAUCAAAUAAAUGUUGAUCUCUUUCUCAACACAA